UUUUAUAUGAAUUUUUAUUGAGCUUUCUGAAAUUUUCAAUUUUUAUAUGAAUCUUGGUUGUGGGCUAGAAUAUUUGCCCAAUGAGCAUAAAAAUUGGAGGAUAGAGAACAAAUCAACUUAGGUGUUCAAUUCCUUUAGAAAUUUAACUUAAUGUGGACAAUGUUAGAAUUAGCGACCACUACGUCUUUUAGUGCUACGUUGGCCAGUAAUCUGAAGCCCGUAAGGGUUGUUUAACUACCCUCUACCCACUACUUAUCAUUUAGCGGAUGGUAUGUUACUCUUGGUUUUGAGUUUAUCUCUUGAAGAGUGUUUUAGGAUUUCUCUGAGAAUAAGAAUUAUAAUGGGGUUUGGUUUUGUGAUAAGAAUCUUAAUAAAGUUUGGCUUAGUGAUGAUAAAUAUAAAAUAAUGUUAUGUGCACAUACUAAUUUUGGUACCAAUGAUAUGUGUCAUCAUAUAAUUGUUGAUUUUGAAUUAAGAAAAAGUAAUACCUAAUCACAUGGUGAUAUAUUAUUUUCAAUAUUCUAUUUGGUACUCUAUAUAAGUGUGCAUAGCAUUACUCAUAAACGUAUUAUUCUAUAGCAAAUACGUUCAUUGUAGCGAGAGAGGAGAACUUGCAAAAACACACUUCAGUUGCUUCCCAAAAAUAGGGGAGAUCGAAGUUUAUGGAUUAAUGCAGGUGAAGCGGAGGUCAAGGUUUUACCAUCUGCCAGAUUCAGUGCCUGUAAAGUAUGCAUUCCAGGGUCUGAAAGGAACAUGGUUUCUUCAUAUGGAAGUGAGGCCUUUGGUUGCAAGUAUAUCCCAGUUUAUAGAUGCAAAAUGUGGAGAUACUCUUGAUGGAAGCAAUAUUUAUAGUUCCCUUAUUACAAGCACUAAAAAGAAAAGCAUUAUGAGCAAUGAUAAAAUGAAGAAGGUGAAGGAUUUAAAUGGCACUAUUCCUCUAGCAGAAGAGCUUUCAAGAACUAUACUUUCAUCCAAUGGAAGGAGGAAGAGAAGGAAGAGAUUAAAUAACUUCAUUGGGUGCAAAGAAGAUAAGAACGAUGAGGGAUGCACAAGUAGACAUAGUAGAUCCUCAGGUGGCAAUGUUGAUUCUAUAACCGUUUGUAAUCGCUCCCAAAAACGAAAGAUGGCAAGAACAGAUGAUAAAUCAUCAAGUUUACAAAUUGAUGCCUUGGCGAAGUAUUCAGUCAUAACACCCCUGAAGACGUUCUUGUUUCCAUCACCAACAAACUCCAAUUUUGGAAGUCCAAGAAGUAAGCCUUUGAAAACAGAAGUUGGUAAACGUCUCAUCAAAGCCUCAAAGAACCUCAGAAAGUCUGCGUGUAAGAAAAGGCUGUCAAUUUCGUGCUGCAAAAUCAGGAAAGGAAAAUUAUUAAGCCCCGCCGCUGCAUCUGUGGCUAAAUUCUUGGUCUUUGAGAUCAGUGACAGAGAUUACUGAAGAAAAGCAUGCUUCUAUUGAAAAUGAUAGUUAUGUAUUUCAAGUGUGAAAUUCAUUCAUACUAAGUGCUAUGUUGCAGCAACCAUUAGUUCACACAGAGAAAGGUUUUGCAGAUAUAUUCUUUAAGUGAUACUAUUAGAACUCAUGUACACCUCCUGGAAAAAGGAAAAAUUGUUGGCACAAGCACAAGGCAGAAAUUUGGAAAACAUUUGCACAAAAAGUAGGGCAUGACCACGGGGAGAUGAUGUGGAACGUGGCAUGAUUUUAGAGGGCUAGAAGUUAUGAAGAGAAAUAAAGGUUGGAGGGGAAAGAAAGGAGGCGAGGAGAAUUUUUGAAAAGACAUAGUGCAAGGAGAGUGUUGGCCUCUCAAAUGCCAAGUAAUAGACUGUUCUGAUUUCUUUCUUUGAUCACUGGUACAUUGUAAACAUUGCAUGAAUCAAUAAAAAUUGCAUUGUUUCACUAA